AUGAUGGUAAUACCUGUCAGUCAACAUAAACUUAUCAAAAUUCGACGAGUUAAUCGUGAUCGGUUGACGAAAUUUGCGUUGAUUUGCUCGGCGAUUGCAUGCGGAUGUAAUACACUUUGCUCAUCCACCAAUCAUUGGCUCUACACAUCUGAAGUGCUCAAGUAUUUCGUUUUCCCGAAUCAGACACUCAACUUUGAUGACACUUCGACAGCCACUGCGCCAGUUUAUUUUAAAAAUGCCACUAUCGGACCAUGGCUGUUUUGUUGGGCGGAUCCUAUCACUCCGUUUCACUGCUCAACAGUUUACUAUUUGACAGAUGAGGAUCCCAGUGAUACAACAACUUCUGUUCAACAAUCCGUUCGUCGUGCAUUCCUAUUUAUGUUAGUUGGAAUGAUUUUGGAUGGAUUCGGAUUGAUGAUGGCUAUUAUUUGUUAUUGUCUGAAAAAUCCAUACGCAUCGUUGCUAGUCUCAUCUCUACUGCACAUCAAUUCAGGUAUAGCCAAUUUCUCAUGUAUCAUUGUUUACAUGUCAGCAGUUUCCAAAGAAGUCGGAAACAAAAUCCACGCAGCAAGUGAAAUGGACGAACCCCUCUUCUAUAUGUCUUAUGGAUUCUCAUUCUGGUGUUUGAAGGCAAGUUUUUUGUUUACCGAGCUGGCUGCACUUUUUUCGAUUAUCGUCUAUAUGGCAAAACGAGAUGAGAGAACUUUCAAUCGGUACAAGAUUCGAGCGACUUUUAACGCACAAAAAAAACCAGAUGGGGAUGAUCGCCAAUUGAGCAUCCUGACAGACUCCUCACAUACUCGAUUUAACAGACGAACUGGAUCGCAUACAACAGCUGACUCACCACCACCAGAACUCGAUUCAAUGAUCAAGACUUCUGGAUCUGAUAGAGCCCUCCAGAAGUACAAAACUGGAAUUCAAGGAUCGUUCUCUCUACUCGCAGAGUCGUUUAAUCAUUUACCAGAACAAGGAAGAUCUGGAAGUGAAAUAUCAUUUAAUGGGAGGAGGUCAACCAUCAGAAAACCUCCACAACCGUCCAAGUCACAACCGUUGAGAAGAUUCGCAAUACCAGUGUCACAAGGGUAUCCGUCGUUGAGUUGA